AUAAAAAUGGCAGAAAUAAUAAAUCAAAACGAGGGACUACUGGUUUCAGGAGCUGAAGCCUCCCAGUAGUCCCACCAAGAAGCAAGUAAGCAAGCAAGAGGAUCCCAAAAAAUACAGACCCUUCGGGGCCUGAAAUGAUCAAAAUGCUUUAAUAUUAAUAAAAAUCCAGUCAAUUAUUAACUAAUAUUUACUAUUAGUUGACGAAAGAGGGAGAUCCGGGAGAGGGAAAGGAAAAAUAUAUCUAUCUAUAUAAAGAAAGAAGACGAAGAGACAUGUACAAAAGUAUACGGAGUAGUCUCAGCCUAUGUUGUCAUCCUUCCUCUGCAAGACAUAAUUUGAUGGAUAAUCUGUUGGGUCUUCUUAGAAUUCGUGUCAAGCGCGGCAUCAACCUGGCCGUCCGCGAUGUCCUCAGCAGCGAUCCUUACGUAGUUGUCAAGAUGGGCAAACAGAGACUAAAGACACGUGUGAUGAAAAAGAAUACAAACCCUGAGUGGAAUGAAGAAUUAACUCUCUCUGUUCAAGAACCCCUUCUUCCAAUCAAGCUUACGGUCUAUGACCAUGACACAUUCAGCAAAGAUGACAAAAUGGGAGAUGCAGAAUUUGACAUCAAUCCCUUUGUUGAUGCACUAAAGAUGAACUUAGAUGUAUACCCAAAUGGUACUACAAUCACAAGAACACAACCAUGCAGGCAAAACUGCUUGGCUGAAGAGAGCUGCGUCGUCUGGGAAAAUGGGAAAGUCAUUCAAGAUAUGAUUCUCAGAUUAAGAAAUGUGGAACGUGGUGAGGUGGAAAUCCAACUUCAGUGGAUUGAUCUCCCUGGCACAAAGGGUUUAUAUAGUCCAGAUAGUGAGUCCAUAUAAUGAUUAAUGUCUGCUUCUAGCUGUUUGUGUUCAUCACUUCCACUGGUUUCGUUUGGGGCUUUAGUUACCGAUGUGAAACGUCUCAUAGAUAGGGUUUGUAUUUUCUUGGGGCUUCUUAUACCCUUUUUUUUUUU